AUGGAAACCCUGUAUCCGGAAAGCUUGGCUGCACAGUUUCCCCGCCACUGGGGAAUAAGCACGGCAGACAGUAACCUCACCCUCCACGGCUUUCGUCGUUUCAAGACAACCCAUCUACUCAACCUACGAUACCUUGAAACCGAGAUUGAUGAGAUCGAUCACCUUAUGUAUCAACUCGGCCUGAGUCUGGAAUUAGAGGGCUGUUCUGGUCACAGGCUAGGCCUACAACACUGCCAAAAAGACGACCGUGUUCCCUCUAUCGACGACACGGUGACACGUGAUUUGAUCCAAAGACUUCGCCGCUUAUUGAGAGAAUACGACGAAGCACUAAUCGCGUUCAACUCGAUCAUGUCCAUGGACACAAUGUCACUCUUGGACGAUCACAAGCAAGCCAGCCUCAGAACAGAGCUGACUUUGCACGAGAAAUACAAGACCCGGCUCUUGAGAGUUGACCAAGGUUCCCGAGCCCGACAAGAUCCCCUUCAGCGGUAUAUCCAUAAACUUUUCAGGAUGCUCCAAUACAGGAGGAUUGCCGCAGUUUCGACGGACAAGGAGGGAGGGCCAGUGUCCAAACCAUCUUCUCAAAACACCACUCUCCUGGCGGACAUCACGGGCCGCAUCAUUGUCGCCAUCGCCUUGGUGCUGUUUUUGAUAGUUCCUCUCGCUAUACUGGCCCGGGAAACCAGUGAGACGGUUCAACUCGCUGUGGUUUCGGUGUUUAUCGUGAUGUUCGCUUGCGUAGUGACAGUCAUGCUAAGGGCGUCUAACUUGGAAAUGAUGAUUGUUUCCGCUGCAUACGCAGCAAUCCUGUCCGUGUUUGUCUCUAAUAACACAGCAAAAUAG